ACCCACAGAACUCAAGAACAAAACACAUUACAACAAGAAGAAACACUAAACACUGAAAAACCAAAUUAGAAAAAGAUCAAACCAUAACAUGUCUUAUCUUGAAAUUGACCUCAGGCUUCCCUGGAACUUAGAAUGAAAUUGGUAUUUGCCCUAGGUGUGUUGUUGGUGUACGUGGCCUCGUCAUGUUUGGUUACUGGAAUGUUUAAGGGCUGGUCUGUGUUUGGUUCAGCAGCUCCACACAGAAGGGCAGAGGAGAUCAUUCUGCUGCAGGUUACCAUUAUUAUCUUUACACCGGGACAUCUUCACCAUGAACCUGCUGACUGCUUCUCUGGUGUUCUGUGCCAUGAUGGUUCUCACCCAAGCCUUCAUAUGUCCUCCAGGCUGGAUAAAGUACGAUAUUCGUUGUCUGCUCUACGUUCCAGAAACUAGGACUUGGUCUGAUGCUGAGAGUCACUGUCGGUCCAUGAAUGGAGGCCUUGUAGCUGCACUAAAGAAUCAAUUCUCAGAAAAUAUCGAUGACAUCAUGAAGCAUAUUGGUCCUGAGAUUCCUCAACUCUUGGUCGGAGGCUGUAAUACAGAUAGCUCCUCUUGGGACUGGUCUACAUUUGACUGGUACGGAGCACCCAGGAACCCCAGCUGUAUAAAGAGAACCCAUGAAGGAUCAUGGGAAUGCAUCGAUGCAGUACAGUGUAAAGAUGAACUGCCUUCCAUCUGCAGUAUAACUCUCAUGUAAUCCCUGAGCUUAAAGAGAAGCAAGAGAAGGCUGACGUGGCUUUGUGCCUUUGUGCCAUCAGUCUCUUCUGCAGGAUUACCUGUUCUUUCUUUCUUGUGUUCUGCACAUUAAAACCUUAAGCAUUUAAAAGGC